CUUUUGAAGCGCAGCAAAGCAAAUCUUUUCUUCAAACAUCGAAAGCUUUCUCCUUCGAAUCAGCGCAAAGGGUGAGCCAACGUACAGGCCGUGAUCCUUCCGCAAAAUCUCAUCAUGUCUGAACAAAACGCAGCUGCGUGGCCUCUGGCUGGCGCCGACCUCACACAGGAAAUCCUGGAUCUUGUUCAGCAAGCCAGCCAUUUCCGCCAGCUUAAGAAAGGUGCAAACGAAGCUACGAAGACACUCAACCGUGGUAUAGCGGAGAUCGUCGUUCUCGCUGCAGACACCGCGCCACUCGCGAUCCUUCUUCAUCUCCCUCUGUUGGCGGAAGAUAAGAACGUGCCAUAUAUCUUCGUUCCCAGCAAGACUGCGCUUGGUCGGGCAUGUGGUGUCAGUCGCUCUGUCAUCGCCGCAAGCAUCACGACCAACGAGGCAAGCGACCUGAUGGCACAAAUCAGGGGGCUUAAGGAUAAGGUGGAGAGGCUCAUGAUCUAAUCCGGAGGAUUGGCGGAUGGUCAGGCUAUACAAGGACGGUGUAGAUUUGAAGAGUCCUCAACCAGAUAUCAAAAGCCAUCAAAAUCGAGCUUUCCAAAAUUGCUAGAAAGUCUCCUGUACGCGUUUUUGUAUGUCAAAAUGUCCUACAAAAUUACGCUGUAGAAUAAAUCACUUCUAGCAAAGAUGCCUCCUAAAUGAAUCGUGCACUGCGAGAAGAUCCGU